GCGGGUCUUAAAUUCAGCUGACCUUGGUUACAUAACUGAAACCGGAGAACUUUGAACUAAUAGUAAAAGUAGGUUACAGUGCAAGUUCGUCGUGUUUGUGUGUCAGAAGUAUCUUACGAGAGAGAAUUAAAGCUGGAAAUGUCGUCUGAAGUGUUCGACUGCAUCGUCAUUGGCGCAGGGAUCCAGGGGUCCUGCACUGCCUAUCAGCUGGCCAAAAACAAGCAGAAAACUCUAUUGCUGGAGCAGUUUGUUUUGCCCCACUCCAGAGGCAGUUCUCAUGGCCAAACCAGGGUUAUACGGAAAACCUAUGAGGAAGAUUUCUAUAUACAGAUGAUGCACGAAAGCUAUGAGCUAUGGGCUCAGCUUGAGAGAGAAGCAGGUGUUGAACUGCACAGGCGCACAGGCCUGCUGGUUAUGGGUCCAGAAAACGGAGAGGGUUUCUCACGCCUAAAGGCCACGAUGCAAAAGCACAAGAUUCCUACAGUGUUUCUGGAGAAGCAGGAAUUCAGCCAGCACAUUCCCAAUGUGAAUCUCGCUGAUGGGAACGGAGCGUUGAUAGACACCUUCGCUGGCGUGCUGUAUGCAGACAGAGCCCUCCGAGCUGUGCAGAGGCUGUUUCAGUCCUGUGGGGGGGUGAUAAAGGACGGAGAGAAAGUGAUUGACAUCAGGCCUGGUGUGGAGGUCACUGUAACGACGGGCUCUGGAGUGUACAGAGGGAGGAGUCUGGUGAUCAGUGCAGGACCCUGGGCCAACACUCUACUGACACACACAGGACUGCAGCUCCCGCUCAAGGUUGUAAAGAUUAACGUAUGCUACUGGAAGGAGAAGAUCCCAGGCACCUACAGUGUCGGCCAGAGUUUCCCAUGUUUUAUAGAGAUGGAGCCAAAAGAGGGGGAAUAUGAUAUUUAUGGCCUUCCAUCCAAUGAGUAUCCAGGACUAAUGAAGUGUGCGUGCAUGUGUCUGAGCAGGUGUGUUACCACAUGGGCAGCGAGACCGAACCGGAUGAGCGAGAUAAACAGACGGAUAGAGGGGACAUCGAUAUUCUGGUGCGUUACGUCACCCGCUGUCUCCCUGGGCUGGUGCCAGUGCCUGCUGUGGUGGAGAGCUGUAUGUACACGGUCACGCCAGACCAUAACUUCGUCCUUGAUUCCCACCCAACCUACAGCAACAUCAUCAUCGGUGCUGGAUUCUCAGGCCACGGAUUCAAGUUCGGCCCUAUCGUAGGGAAAUUGCUCUCUCAGCUAGCCAUGGGGCAGGUUCCGUCAUACGACCUCUCACCUUUCCGUAUUCAACGUUUCCAGUCUCACGCCAGAUCGUCACUUUGAAUGCAAGAGCCUACAAUGACAGCUACAUCUGAUAUAAUAAAACAAUGUACUGUGUCAUGUUAAUUCAUUACUAAUUCAUUCAUGCUUUUUUCAGUAAUAUCGAGGAUGUGUCAAGUGAACAUUAGACUAAAGAUGUGCAAAAAGGAAAUAUUCUUUCCCACAGAAUCCUGUCUUAAUCUCCCCAUCAGUGUGUUGAUGGUGUUGUGGAAUUGUGCCAUUGAAGUGUUUUCAAGCUGCCUUUUGUUACCAGGCUAAGAAGUUGACUUCCACCACCUUGUUGCACAAUAAUAGCAUGUGAAAUGUUAAAAAUACCAUAGGCUUUAUGCAGACAUGGACACUGUGCAUGUGCUAAUUAUGUUUCUAGGUAACAGCCUGUUUUAUAUUGAUUUCUGUGUAAACUCUGGAUGAGUCUAAUAGCUUUAAUUGUCCGUACCCUCCGAUGCUGGUCACCAGAGUAAAUGCCGCCAUGUUUCAGCAUCUGCUACACUGACAAGGGAGCCAUUAGCCUCCCGCGAUGAGUUUCUAACAGUAACGUCUGAUAUUGUCUGAUUGUAAACGCAUUCAUCUGUGGCCAACGACAUUAACAUUAAAGUGCACACUUGUCGGUUUUUAUGAUUUUAUGCAUUACUCCUCCUCGACGGCUCGGAGAGAGCGGUCUGGCGGCAAACGGAGCGUAUUGUUAAAAAGACAUCAACCGUCGAGCCAUUUGUCUUGGUGAAGUCAGCAUCAUUUGUUGACUUGCAGCCUGGACCCAUUUUCCCCUGUAAACAUGUUAAUCACUAAUCAGGCAGCCUUUUACUCUAGACGUCCACUGGCACCAUCGGGGGAAUGAGGAAAUUAUACAAUGUGACAGCGGGUUACCAAAGGCCCAUUCAUCCUUCUGACUAGAAGUUAGCACGCAUUGAUAGUGUUAGUGUAUCGAUGACCAUAUUAAUAUGCCAUCAAACCUCUGAUGAGAGCUAACCUGAUGCCAUGAGAGUGACAGGAGCUAUUGUGAAGGCAUUGAGGUUUAAUAAAUACAGCUCCAGGCUUCUUUUCUGGCUCAUAUGCGUGGAAAGGUCAUUUCCGUGGCUCAAGUCAAAAGGAGAGCUUUUUUCCCAAGAAAAGUCAAAAUAGCUCUCUGGCGCAAGUGAUAAAGGAGCUUUAUAAUGAUCGGGAGAGAGAGAAUCAGGCAAACGUGCUCUCUGAAACAAUGCAGCUGCUGGAUGCCUAAAGGAAGAUGUGUCUGUGAACAAAAGAAUCCACAGGAUCUGUGGACACUUGCUCAUCUCUGUCCUUUAAUAACAGAUAAUUCAGCAAAAUCUUCCACUUGUGGUUUUGUCGUCGUAGAGAGUUGCAGCUGGAUUUAACCGCACUUAAGACUGGCCUCACUGUUUGUUAAAGUGACCAUGAAGUGUUCUUCUCAUUAAAAAAAAUAUAUC